CAUUCAUCGCAGAGAACUAGUGAUGCUCGCGCAUACGUGAGCAGUCCAGUUUGGCUACAAGAAUUGACUACAAUAACUCUCGGACCAUCCCCUGUCUUCGCGUUAAUAAUCGGCCGUCCUUGGGCUGUUCACAAGGAUCUCAGAUCUACCUAUAUUGGCCAAGGGCGUGGCAGCAAUGCCCUCCUUCUUUCGCUUUCCACCAGAGCUUCGAAAUCUGAUCUACGAAUAUAUCUCUCUUGAUUCUGGAGCUUGCAUCCUUUCCUCGAACGAUGGACGGCCUUCUAGCCCUGCUCCUCUUUCCUUGACCUCGCGCACGGUGUACGAAGAGUACCAAAGUGUCCUUUACAACUCGGCACCAUGCCUCACCGCACACGUGCGAGACUUCGACUUCGCCCAUGUUAUCCAGUUCCUCGACAAUCUUUCGGAACGAGAAGCAAGGAACAAUGCGAGAAAUGAUCUCUUGGGAAGCGGAAACCUGUUGAUGCGUCGACAUUUGACCAUCGUACUGUCCCUCACAGACAAAUGCCGGCAGCACCUGGACCAACUUCACGCCUGGCUCAAGCUCAUCACCUUGCGGACCAGUGACCAUUAUCGCACCUCUUUCCAAAGCAGCUACACGCUCCACCCUACCAUUGGCAGAGCUGGAUCCGCUUCAACUGUCGCGCCCAUCACCCUCAUGCGCAUCAUCGAUGAUGUCUACUGUAGCUGGUAUUUGCAGACACCGGCGGGGCCUUUGAAAGAGGAAAUCGGCAAGGCAUGCGACUGUCUGGGCGAAGCGGAGCUAAGAAUCAAUCGCCUACGUACAGGUGUUACUCUUGCCUCGGGCCCGCGCAUGGGCGGGUUGGAGAUCUUCUAAAUCUUCCCAUACCGCCGAAGGGUUCGCGAUGUCAAAUGAAUUAGUUCGAUGUUGAUGCUCAUUAUGUGCCUUUCUAUUCCUUUCCCGAGCGCAUCACAGUUCCAUGUAGAGC